AAACACACCCCCUGAACACUAUUUAUACCCCCAUAGUACCCCAUUCAGUCUCCACUCUUGAAUUGAAAGAAACAACAGAACCUGUGAUAAAAAUGCCUCAUCAUCAUAACAUUAGUCUAAACAUGCCACCAAUGGUUGAAACAUUAAACCCAGAAGACAUAUUCAAAACCCGUUGCAUAUGGGUAACUGGACCAGUAAUAGUAGGGGCUGGUCCAUCAGGUCUAGCAGUAGCAGCUUGUUUAAAAGACCAAAAUGUCCCUUCCAUUCUUCUAGAAAGAGCUAACUGCAUUGCUUCCCUUUGGCAAAACAGAACUUACAACCGUCUUAAACUUCACCUCCCUAAAAAAUUCUGUCAACUACCCAAUUUUCCUUUCCCUGAUUAUUUCCCAGAAUACCCUUCUAAAUUUCAGUUUAUUAACUACCUUGAAUCUUAUGCUAAACAUUUUAAUAUUAAUCCUAAUUUCAAUGAAACAGUUCAAUCUGCUAAGUAUGAUCAAACCUUUGGUCUUUGGAGGGUUAAGACUAUUAGGAAAAUAAACACUUUUACUUCACUUGCUCAUGCUGCUGAUGAUGAUGAUGAUGAUGUUGAAGUUGAGUAUAUUUGUAGGUGGCUUGUUGUUGCUACUGGCGAAAAUUCUGAGAAAGUUGUGCCUGAGUUUGAAGGUUUGGAUGAUUUUGGUGGACGUGUUAUGCAUGCUUGUGAUUAUAAAUCUGGUGAGGGUUAUGGUGGAAAGAAAGUGCUUGUUGUUGGCUGUGGAAAUUCUGGCAUGGAAGUUUCUCUUGAUCUUUGUAAUCAUAAUGCAAAUCCAUCCAUGGUGGUUAGAAGCUCGGUUCAUGUGUUGCCAAGAGAAGUAUUUGGAAAAUCAACAUUUGAGCUUGCAGUUAUGUUGAUGACAAAGUUACCAAUUUGGAUGGUUGAUAAGAUAUUACUUGUUCUGACUCGUUUGAUUUUGGGGAAUGUUGAAAAGUAUGGUCUUAAAAGGCCAUGUAUUGGACCUUUAGAGCUUAAGAACAUUUCAGGGAAGACACCAGUUUUAGAUAUUGGAGCACUUGAGAAAAUUAGAUCUGGUCACAUUGAAGUUGUUCCUGGAAUAAGAAGAUUUUCACAAGGAAAAGUUGAACUUGUUGAUGGAAAAGUUCUUAAUAUUGAUUCUGUUGUUCUUGCUACAGGAUAUCGUAGCAAUGUACCUUCAUGGCUUAAGGAAAAUGAGUUUUUUUCCAAUGAUGGGAUGCCAAAAGAUCCAUUUCCAAAUGGAUGGAAAGGAAAAAGUGGUCUUUAUGCUGUUGGAUUUACAGGGAGAGGUCUUUCUGGUGCAUCUUUGGAUGCAAUUAGUGUGUCUCAUGACAUUGCCAAAAGCUGGAAAGAAGAAACUAAGCAGAGAAAGAAAACAGUGGCUGCUCGUCAUAGAAGAUGCAUAUCACACUUCUGAGAACGGAGUACUGUUAGAUGAACACAAAGCAACUAUUCUUUUGUCCUUUUCAUGAAGCAUAUUGUGGUUGUUUAGUUUCAUUUGCUUUUGGCUGAUGAUUUAUCCAAAAAAAGUGGUUAUGAUCAGUUAGAAAAUAAUAGAGUUUCCUCAAUACAUAUAGUACACAAUAUUAGCCCUCUCCUUAAGAAAAUCCCAAUGUUUGAUAAUCAUUUGAUAUUAUUAUCUUUUAUUUGUAUAAUGGAUGAUGAGGCUUAUUUGCUU